AUGACAGCGGACAAAGAAAAAGACAAAGACAAAGAGAAGGACAGGGAUAGAGACCGGGAUAAGGAGCGAGACAAGAGAGACAAGGUGAGGGAGAGUGAGAACUCACGUCCUCGACGGAGCUGUACGUUGGAAGGAGGUGCCAAGAAUUAUGCAGAAAGUGACCAUAGUGAAGAUGAGGACAAUGACAACAACAGUGCCACCACAGAGGAGUCCACGAAGAAGAGCAAAAAGAAACCACCCAAGAAGAAGUCCCGAUAUGAGAGAACAGACAACGGUGAAAUAACGUCCUUUAUCACAGAGGAUGAUGUUGUAUACAGGCCUGGAGUAGCAUGGGGCAGUACUGGCACGCUUUAUGCAGUAGAUGCAAUUCUUGGGGUACCUCUGGUGUGGCAGUACUUGGCUGGAGGGGUGUUUGCAGAACAGCGGGAAUCAUGGCUACGCGCCGGGGGAGCUGCUGUGUACGGACUGAGAUGCGAGGUAAAGCCUCAGUCACAGCCCAGGCGUGAAGAUGUGUCGGAGAACCUGCACGCAGCAAAUGCUCUGCAAAUGCCGGCCAAGUACUGCCCGGGCCUCAGGGGAGCGCACGUGGCCGAGGUAAUGCCUUUAGACCUUCUUUUUCAGAGUAAACGGGACCACCUCCUUAUGAAUGUCAAAUGGUACUAUCGCCAGUCUGAAGUCCCAGAUUCAGUCUAUCAGCAUUUGGUUCAGGACAGACACAAUGAGAAUGACUCUGGACGAGAGCUUGUUAUUACAGACCCAGUUAUCAAGAACCGAGAGCUCUUCAUUUCAGAUUAUGUUGACACUUACCACGCUGCUGCCCUCAGAGGGAAGUGUAAUAUCUCCCAUUUCUCUGACAUAUUUGCUGCUAGAGAGUUUAAAGCCCGAGUGGAUUCAUUUUUCUACAUACUGGGCUAUAAUCCAGAGACAAGGAGGCUAAACAGUACUCAAGGUGAAAUCAGAGUUGGACCCAGCCAUCAGGCUAAGCUUCCUGAUCUGCAGCCAUUUCCUUCCGCAGAUGGUGACACAGUGACACAGCAUGAGGAACUUGUGUGGAUGCCAGGAGUCAAUGACUGUGACUUACUUAUGUACCUUAGAGCAGCGAGGAGCAUGGCAGCUUUUGCAGGCAUGUGUGAUGGAGGAUCCACAGAAGAUGGGUGUGUUGCAGCCUCCCGUGACGACACUACGCUUAAUGCACUCAAUACAUUGUUUUUCUACCUCACCCUGACUUUAAAUGUCUACUGUCUACUUCAGACAGCUUUUGAUCAUAUAGAUGCCAAAUUUAUGGCAGAAAAUAAGCUACAUGAAAGUAACUAUGAUGCUGGAAAAGCCCUGCAGCGCUUGGUGAAGAAACCUGUGCCAAAACUGAUUGAGAAGUGUUGGACUGAAGAUGAAGUG